GGAACAGUUGUCAGCGGUGGUUCACUGUUUGUGACAGGUCUGUGAGCAGCAGCGGGAUAAUAUGACAGAUACAGAGAGCAAAAUCAACAUGGAGGAAUUUUUCAAAACGGUGGGGGAGGUGAAAGGCCUCAUUGAAAAAAUCUCUUGUCAAGCAGAGGAGGUGGAGGGGAGACAUGGCGUCAUCCUCUCCACUCCAAACCAAGACAAGAGAAAUAAAGACAAGCUGGAGCAGCUGAACAGUGAGAUCAAGAAGAAUGCCAGCUUGGUCCAAGCCAUGUUAAAAUCAAUGCAGAAAAACUCGCCUGUGGAGGAGAAUGGUAAAACUGCCUCAGUAAUCCAGCGUAUAGAGAAGAACCAGUACUCACACCUGACUCGGUGGUUUGCUGAAGUCAUGUGGGGCUACUAUAAUGCACAGAUAUCCUUCAGAGAGAAAUCCAAAGCAAAAAUUCAAAGACAAAUGGAGAUUGUGGAUAAAGUGAUAACAGAUAAAGAGUUGGAGGAGAUGCUGCUCCGUGACAAUCUUGCCAUCUUCAUAUCUGAUAUCAGCUCUGAUGGUCGGAUUUCAAGUGAGUCUCUAAGUGAGAUUGAAUCUCGUCAUCAGGAUAUCAUCUGCCUUGAGUCCAGCAUCAAAGAGCUGCAUGAGAUAUUGACUUACACUGCCAUGCUAUUGGAGAUACAGGGGGAGCUGAUCAAUAACAUAGAAAAGAAUGUGACGAGCGCUGCAGAGUAUGUAUUUGAGUCCAAAGCAGAAACCAAGAAAGCAGUCACGUACAAGAAAAAUCCAUACAAGAUAGCAUCUCUGCCAAGCUUCUUCAAACUCUUCAAGAAGCAAACUGCUGCUGUAACUGCUACUGAUCAAAACACCUCAGACUUAAACCAUGACUGAGCUCCUGAACCUGUUUGAACAUUGACUGCACCAAACAUCCUGCUCAACAUCAAAGCCUGCACACGAUGGAAGACACUUCAUCUGAUUACAGUACAUUGCCAGUCUGCCACCUCAGAUGCCUUCUUUCUAAGGGAUAAUGAGGAAGCUGUUAUUUUUAACUUUAAUCGUGACUUUGAAUUUGAACUGCUGUAAUAAUGACCUGUCAAAUGAAAGAGCCAAGGCUGUGGACAACCCUUGCAAGCCAGUUUGGGAGCACUACCUGUGGACUGCUUUAAAGGACAAAUGCAGAGGACACUAUGAUACUGACACAAAACAACACAAUUUUAACUUCUUUGUUAAUGUUUACAGACUCCCAAUACUUGCCAUCAGACAUUUCCAUUGCAAUAAUUAAACUGGUGAAAAGAAUCUUUUCAUACACUCACUCAGCUGGUGUUCCUCUUAGUGGCCAGUAGGUGGCAUGACAGCAUUAGAUGCAAAUCUCAAUCAUGACCACUUACUUUUUCUCUGCAGUCCUGCUGGUGUUACUAAUUCAAUGUAAUAUCAUGUUGUCCGAUACUAAAUUCAGUUGUGGUGAUAGACUUGAAGACUACAACAAUCCUAAAUUAAAUCAACUGUGUGUGGUAAAUUUGUCCGUUUGUUACUGAUGUUUCAAUUCUAAAGUCAAAGGAGGGUAAGAGAGGAUUGCAGUGACUACAC